AUGCACGAUCACCAUGACCAAUCACCCUCAUUUGUCUAUGUUCCCUCGGAAACAACGAAACGACCACUGAUCCCACACAGGCUCGCUGCCGACAUACGUCGCCGCCAAGUAUGGGAAGCGAUGCUGAAUUGGGAUACACUUGACAAUGGUCUUCAAACGCUCCGGUUCAUUGCGCUCUGGCUACAUGCCAACUUCCGCGUCGCAAAGCCGACAACCUACAUGUCGGCUACUCUGAGUCCCAUUGUUUUUCUCACGACCCGCACCGUUCGCCGCCCAAGGCGGAUUGCGCUGGGUAAAGGCACCGCGCUCGCGAGCGAGGCCAUUGCCAAUGUCCGGCGCUUUGCCUUGCUGCUGCUUUGGGCGUACACGGGCAGCCAGCACGUCAUGGAACGACUUGCAUACCAUGCAGCAGACGAGGAACACCCCGGCCAAGUCGACCGCAUCAUGACGCUGGGCGACGUCGUGGCCAACGUAGGCGAGGCAUUCGACGUACUUGCAUUCCUCUCGGGUUCGGGCCUCUUUUGGUCCGUCCUGGGCGGCUGGACGCUGCGGCGUAGGCACGGCUUGGAGCGUGUGGGUGUGUUUGUCUCCCUCGCUUCCCUGGUCAUUCACCUGUACGGACUCCACCGUCGGCGCAUCGAGAUUACCGAGGAAAUGCUGGAAAGUACGCGGGUCGUGCAGAACCAGCUCGAUACAUACGACAGAAUGGCUCUAAGGAAGGAGCCCGCAUCCGCACAGGAUGUCUCUAUGGCGGAGGCGACCGUGCAGGACGAGUACGAGCAGUACAUAACAAACAAGCGAAGGAUGCGGUGGCUCGGUAUGGAGCAGAUCCGUGUCGUGAGCGACGCAUCUUUCACCCUUUACGAGGCGUGCGCGCCAGAUGCAGACACCAACAUGCUAGAAGCCAGUGCUGGUCUUGUCACGGGCGUCCUCGGCCUGCUUCGCCAGUGGCAUGAGGCGCGGUACGGUUCGCUCGAUAUAUAG